CUCCCGCCUCGCCCCCACCCCCGCCCCUUUCAGGGAGACCCGACCCCCCUUCCCCGUCCACCUCCCUGGUCCUCUGGCUCUCGGGUCCCGGCGUAGGUGCAGGUGCAGCACCCCACCGCCCUUUCACCCGGGCGCAUCCCGCUGGGCGGCCAUGGCGCGAGGAGACGCCCCACAGGACAGCUACCACCUGGUCGGGAUCAGCUUCUUUAUCCUGGGCCUGGGCACUCUCCUUCCCUGGAACUUCUUCAUUACGGCCAUCCCGGGGCGGCUGGCAGGGGCCAAUACCACCACCGGGGCCCUGGACACCAACCACACAGGCCUCGCAGACACCUUCAACUUCAACAACUGGGUGACACUACUGUCCCAGCUGCCUCUGCUGCUCUUCACACUCCUCAACUCCUUACUGUACCAGUGCAUCCCUGAGAUGGUGCGGAUUCUGGGCAGCCUGCUGGUCAUCCUGCUGCUCUUUGCCCUGACGGCGGCGUUGGUCAAGGUGGAUAUGAGCCCUGGGCCUUUCUUCUCCAUCACCAUGGCCUCUGUCUGGUUCAUCAACUCCUUCUGUGCAGUUCUGCAGGGCAGUCUCUUCGGGCAGCUGGGCACCAUGCCUUCCACCUACAGCACCCUCUUCCUCAGUGGCCAGGGCCUGGCUGGGAUCUUCGCUGCUCUUGCCAUGCUCAUGUCCAUGGCCAGUGGCGUGGAUGCCCAGACCUCCGCCCUGGGGUACUUCAUCACACCUUGCGUGGGCAUCUUCGUGUCCAUCGUGUGUUACCUGAGCCUGCCCCACCUGGAGUUUGCCCGCUACUACCUAGCCAAGAAACCAUCGCAGACGCAAGGUCAGGAGCUGGAGACCAAAGCUGAGCUCCUCCAGUCUGAUGAGAAGAAUGGUAUUCCCAACAGCCCCCAGAAGGUAGCCCUGACUCUGGAUCUUGAUGCUGAGAAGGACCCAGAGCUGGAGCCAGAGGAGCCCCAGAAGCCAGAAAAACCUUCAGUUUUCAUUGUCUUCCAAAAGAUCUGGCUGACGGCGCUGUGCCUCGUGCUGGUCUUCACAGUCACUCUGUCCGUGUUUCCUGCAAUCACGGCCAUGGUGACCAGCUCCACCAGUCCCGGGAAGUGGAGUCGGUUCUUCAACCCCAUCUGCUGCUUCCUUCUCUUCAACAUCAUGGACUGGGUGGGACGGAGCCUGACCUCCUACUUCCUGUGGCCAGAUGAGGACAGCCGGCUACUGCCGCUGCUUGUCUGCCUGCGUGUCCUGUUCGUGCCGCUCUUCAUGCUGUGCCACGUGCCCGAGAGGUCCCGGCUGCCCAUCCUCUUCCCACAGGAUGCCUACUUCAUCACUUUCAUGCUGCUUUUUGCUGUUUCCAACGGCUACCUGAUGUCCCUUACCAUGUGCCUGGCGCCCAGGCAAGUGCUGCCACAUGAGAGGGAGGUGGCUGGCACCCUCAUGACCUUCUUCUUGGCCCUGGGACUCUCCUGUGGAGCUGCUUUCUCCUUCCUCUUCAAGGCGCUGCUCUGAAGUGCUCUGUCCAGGGCUCACCCACAGCUCUCUUCUCGCUGCCCCUUUGAACCUGAGACCCACCACAGGGGGAAUGGCGAGCCAGGCUUAAGCCUCUGCUGGGCUGAGGCCCCAUGGUCUGGGGGUGCCAGGAGGAAGUGGGUGCCACUCUCCUUCCUGGACUGGUAUCCAUCUGGGGGCUACGAGGAAGAUUCACCAGCAUCAUUCUAACCCUCACCCAGGAAUGGAGCUGACACAGACAGACUACCUAGAGGCACACAAGACCUCAUCCCAAGGGCGCUGAUCAGGGAAGAGAGGGCCAAGGGCCAUGACCCUUCCUCACCUCAAGAGUACAUUCGUCAAUCUCAAGAAAUGCACUUGCUCGUCUGUGGGGAUCGGAGGCCACCAGUGGGGUCUUGCCAAGGGUGUGGCUGGUGUGGCUCCUCUUCUCCCCCGGCCUCCAUAACCCCACAAUCCACUUUCUCAGACCCCAGGGCAGAGGAUGCCGGGGAAGCUGAGGGGAGCAAGGAGAAGGAACAGGCAUUAGGGAUCUGAGGGUACUCACAGGACCCUGUGGGCCUCAAACAGUGUUUCAUUGCCAACGCUUACUUGUCCACUCCCCAGAGCCCGGCUGGGCCUAGGUCUCGGAGCUGCAGUUAGCCUACAUGCGUGUUUUGCACUUUACAGUUUGCAAAGCUCUUCCGUCCCCACUCUUUCACUAAAGUUGCAUUGAGACCCUUGGGGGGAGCCAGGCAGGGAUUGUGCUCUCCCUUUAUACAGGUGAGGAAACUGAGUCUCAGGAGGAAGUAACUGGUCUGUGGCAGAGCCAGGACCCAGCUCCCACCUCCCUCCUCCCUGUAGGUGCUGUUCUUCCUGCCCACUACCUGCUUCUCUUUUCCUCAAGAGGCUCAAGGCAGGAAUCCUAAGCACUUAUUCCACAUUUUGGAUGUUUUUCCUUCCAACACUGCUCCUGGGUCUAAUAAUAACCUUCUUCAUUUGUAUAAUCGA